AUGGUUAUCUCUAUCUCUUGCCAGAGCAAAAGGACACGGGGACAGCCCUGGAGUGAUGGUGCAGCCUCUACAGGUCCUACAAAGUCUUUAGAGAAUUUGAAUGAUUCAAGUUUUGAGAAGAAACGCCAAAAAAUGAAAUCUUGUCUUCCAUCCUCACAUCCCUGCUUUGCUUCACAAGAAACUGCUUAUUCUUCAAACCCACCAAAUCGUAAAGAUGUUAGUGUGAUGACUCACAACUAUGUAGCCCCUAAAGUUGGUAGCUUGAAGACUCUCAAAUAUGUAGCCCCCAAAGAUGUUAGUGUGAAGGUUCUCAAAGAUGUUGCCCUUGGCUCAACCAAAACUGGACCAUUUAUCCCAAUUGGUCCUGGUUUCCGGGCUAAACUUCCGAUUUGGAUAGCCACUACCAAGAAGGGAAAAUUUUAUGGUAGUCCCGGAGAUUCUGACACUCUUAGAUGGUUGGGAACUGGUAUGUGGCCAACAUACAGCCUAAAAAAGAAAGCUCACUACAAAAAAGUCGGCGAAGGAAGAUCUGACUCUUGUUCUUGUGCUUCUCCAAGAUCAACCAAUUGCGUAAACCAACACAUUAAAGAAGCACAUGAGCUUUUAGAAAAAGAAAUUGACCGUGCAUUCUAUACUUGGAAGUUUGAUCAAAUGGGUGAAGUAGGAUCAAAAUCAUGGAACUCCAAAGAAGAGCAAAGGUUUGAAGCUCUUCUGAAAAAUAAUCCUUUGUCAAAUAGUCUAGGAUUUUGGAAAUAUGCUUCCAAGGCUUUCCCAGGGAAAAGUGAGAAGGAUCUCCUUAGUUACUAUUAUAAUGUUUUUCUCAUCAACCGUAUGAGAUUUCUUGCUAGCUCUUCUAAUGACCACAUCGAUAGCGAUGAUGACCACAAUGGCUACUUCUUAGUGAGAUAA